AUGAUGACGAUGACAACGACGAUGACGAUGACGAUGAUGAUGACGAUGACGAUGGCGAUGAUGAUGACGAUUAAGAUGACAAUGACGAUGAUUAUGACUGAUGAUGAAGAUGACGAUGACAACGACGACGAUGAUGAUGAUGAUGAUUACGAUGACGAUCACAAUGGAAAUGACUAUGGUGAUGACGAUGUCGAUGACGAUGACGACGACGAUGAUAAUAACUAUGAUCAUGACGAUGACGAUGACGAUGAUGAUGGUGAUGACGAUUAUGAUGAUGAUGAUGAUGACAAUGACGAUGAUGAUAAUCAUGACAACAACAAUGACGAUGACAAUGAUGAUGACGAUUACGAUGACAAUGACGAUGAUUAUGACUUUGACGAUGAAGAUGACGAUGACAAGAACGAUGACGAUGAUGAUGACGAUGACGAUGACAAUGACGAUGACGAUGAUGAUGACGAUAACGAUGACGAUGUUGAUGUCGAAGAUUAUGUCUAUGACGAUGAUGAUGAUGAUGACGAUGACGAUGACGAUGGUGACGACGAUGACGAUGAUGAUGGCGAUGUAGAUGACGAUGGCAAUGACGAUGAUUGUGACUAA